AUGGCACGAUUGAAUACAUCAAAUCCUUUGACUACUGCACUUCAGCGGCAAAAAAGCUUGAAAGAAAGAGGAGCACCUGGUGACCGAACGCCAGCCCAUGACUUGAUUGCAGACAAGCAAGAUGCCAACCACCGUUCAUCCACUGGAAGUAACACCAGCACCAGCACCCAGUCCAAACCUUCAUUUCAACGUCACAGUCGGGGAUCCAGUUUGGUCUUCGACAUUUUCUCAGAAGAGGGAAGCACGAAAGAGCACGACCCCAAUCUCCCUAAGAAGCAGAAAAAAGCCCGAACCCUCAAAGCAGCCAACGUCAACUCUCUGCUUCUUCCUAUCACCCAGACACCACGUCAAAGACCUCCUGUUAAGCUGGAAACAGACGAUUACGAGAAGGAAAAUGAUAUUCUGGAAAACACCCCAGAGCAAAACAGGGAGACGCAGAGUCCUACUGAAUCAGCAUCACCGACGAGACAAACGCUGUCGCGACCCCUCAGAGAAAUUCCGACAGACCGCGCACCACGCGCAGACAAGAAGGCUUUGAGAAGAUAUGACGCGGAAUCAGAGACAGAAGGAGACAGUGAGGACAAUAGCUUUGACUCUCUGGAUGACUUUAUUGUCAGUGACAAUGAAGACCCUAGUUUCCAUGAAACAUCAGCUUCUGAGACAGAGGAAGAAAAGCUUCCAUCACCACCCCCUCCUCCGCCAUCUGUCCGCAGGAGAUUAAUGAGAGGAAGACGACCGAGUCCUGAUCUUAGGACGGAUCAGACCGAUGAUAAGCCACUGAGUAAGCCUUUACAGCUGAGCCCUCGAAUUCCUGAAGCUUUAAGAUUGUCCUCAACGGUCCGGGACAACCUCAAACCAGUGUCUCAGGAAGACCGGGACCUCCAUACAAAGCUUAAUGCAAUGACUCUGGAAGGCGAAAAUUCCACAUUCUCUGAGCCACAGCUAAAAACGGAUGGCUCAUUAAUGAAACCCCAAAGCCUCCCGAAGGGGAACGAAGUGACAGAUAAAAAGUUGCAAACACCCCCAGCAAGCCCCAGGCCAUCACGUCUGCGCUCUCCAACCAAGAAGAAAGUCCGUAUUCCUGCUACUCCUCAUCGCGAAAGCGUUGAUGAGUUCUGGAGCCAAGAGGAGACCAACCACUGGAAUGAUCAGUACUCGCCGCGCAAGGAAAAAUCAACCAGUCGCACCGUGAUUGAGUUGCUCCGAGACUUUGACGACAGCGACGAGGACAGCGGGCGCAGGAGCCGCGGGUCGAGUUCUAGCAGUGACUUGGAGCCCACGAGCAAGCUGGACAACAAGAUGCCGACUACACCAAAGCCGCUUAGCAAGACGGCUAUCAAGAAAGCCGAGGCGGAAAAGAAUCGAGCAGCAAAGGCCCGCCGUCUAUCGUUUAAUAACAAGAAGGCAGAAUUUGCCCAAGCCUUCCUCGAGGCCUUGGACCAAGCUGCAUCCGGCGGAGAAGUCAGUCGACUUGCAGAAUCGACCGGUGGCGUUACGAUCACUUGGUCCAAGACUCUCAACACAACUGCAGGUCGAGCUCAUUGGAAGGGAGAGAGAGUCGUUUCACGUGGACCCAAUGGGGAAACCCGGGGGAUGGGCCAGAUCAAACACCAUGCAAGCAUCGAGUUGGCUGAGAAGAUCAUUGACGACGAAUAUCGACUGAUCAAUACACUCGCCCACGAGUACUGCCAUCUGGCCAACUACAUGAUAUCCAACGUCCAUGACAAUCCUCAUGGCGCCAGCUUCAAGAACUGGGGCGUGAAGUGUGCCGAAGCGAUGCGUGACCACCCGCUCUAUGGAGGUCAGAUCCACGUGACGACCAAGCACACGUAUCAGAUCGACUAUAAAUACGUGUGGAGCUGCACCUCUUGCGGCCAGGAAUACCGUCGUCAUUCGAAGAGCAUUGAUACUGGACGUUCUCGAUGUGGUACAUGUCGUGGAAUGCUUCAACAGAUCAAACCGAAACCCCGAAACGUUUCACCCAAGAAGAGUGCAGUAGUUCCCGGUCCGAAGAAGAUUUUGGAGGAUGUGACGAGGGAUCUUGACCAAUUUGUGUUUUGA